UCGUCACCAAAAGGACAGGAACCUUCUCCACACCCAAAGUUGGGAUUCUAAGCCCACUAUCUAUAUAUAUAUAUGGGAUAUAUAUGUAUAAAGUUCCAAGCAUCAAGCUUUCCUCCCAAUAAUAUACAACACUAAAGAUCCGUCUCUAUUUAUCUACUUCCACUUCCCCCUUCUGAGCAAUACUGCUUUCAAGAGAUUCUCAAAAUCGAGGGAGAUGUUGAGUUUUUAAUAUUAUCUCAUUUGGGUCUGUUGGUUUUGAUUACAUGUUUUGGAUUUUGCUCUGUUUUUCUGCACUUUGUUGGUGAUAUUGCUUGUGGGUCUCGUGGUUGUAUUAAUGCACUCAUUGCCCAUCAGUGUAAAGAUUUAUUGGUUGCCAGUUGGGUUUUUGAAAGAUGGAAGCUCAAAAUUCUGGGCAUUCGCAUGUAGUUGAAGUAGGUGGAGAUGUGCCAGCUACAGAUACGAGCUUGUGUGGGACCAAGAUUUGUGGGGAUGCACCAUGCGGAUUUUCAGAUGCUAAAACUAGUUACAAAGAUGCACAGGAACGGUCAGCAUCCAUGCGGAAGCUUCUGAUAGCAGUUGUCCUCUGUGUCGUUUUCAUGAGUGUGGAGGUUGUUGGGGGUAUCAAAGCCAACAGUCUUGCGAUUCUCACUGAUGCGGCUCAUUUGUUGUCAGAUGUUGCCGCAUUUGCAAUUUCUUUGUUCUCACUUUGGGCAUCAGGAUGGGAGGCAACUCCUCGUCAGUCGUAUGGCUUCUUCCGGAUUGAAAUACUAGGUGCUCUUGUUUCCAUUCAGAUGAUUUGGCUGCUUGCUGGGAUCCUUGUUUAUGAAGCCAUUGCAAGACUUAUCCAUGGCACUGGUGAAGUUGAGGGCUUUCUCAUGUUUCUUGUUUCUGCGUUUGGUUUACUGGUUAAUAUCGCCAUGGCACUCUUAUUGGGUCAUGAUCAUGGGCACGAUCAUGGACAUGGACAUGGACAUGGCCAUGGUGGGCACGGACAUGGACAUGGCCAUGGUGGGCACGGACAUGGACAUGGCCAUGGUGGGCAUGGUCAUGGUCAUGGAGAUGGUGAUCAUAAUCAUGGUCAUGGAGAUGGUGAUCAUAAUCAUAGUCAUGAGGAUCAUGAUGAGACCCAUAACCAUGGGAUUACUGUGACAACACAUCACUCUCAUCAUCAUGAGGUGCACUCGAAUCAUGACGACAAGCACCAUCAUACCGAUGUAAUUAACAGCACAGAACCUCUGCUCAAUCAUAGCUCUGAAGGUGAAAAGAAACCAGAAGGUAAAAAGAAGAAGCAACGAAACAUCAAUGUGCAGGGGGCUUAUCUUCAUGUACUUGGCGAUUCCAUUCAGAGUAUUGGAGUGAUGAUUGGUGGAGGGCUUAUCUGGUACAAGCCAGAGUGGAAGAUUAUUGAUCUGAUAUGUACUCUUGUAUUUUCAAUAAUCGUGCUGUCGACAACAAUUCGGAUGUUGAGGAACAUUUUGGAGGUUUUGAUGGAGAGCACUCCCAGGGAGAUUGAUGCCACAAAGAUUGAGAAAGGUCUCUGCGAGAUGGAUGAGGUAGUUGCCAUUCACGAGCUGCACAUAUGGGCGAUAACUGUUGGGAAGGUGUUAAUGGCUUGUCAUGUUAUCGUUAAGCCGGAUGCUAAUGCCGAUAUGGUGCUGGAAAAGGUUGUAGACUACAUCAAGAGAGAAUAUAAUAUCAGUCAUGUAACGAUUCAGAUAGAACGUCAGUAGAGAUGGAGAGAGACGAUGUGUCAAUGCCCGACUGUUGUAAUUAGGUCAGUUCAGAGUUUUUAAGACUAGACAGAUUAUAAUCUAUCAUCCCAUUGUUUUGCUCUUAUAUGUUCCUUGUUAAAUCUACUUAUCUCGUCAAUGAAUGAAAGUUUAGUAUAA